GCUAAAACUCUGAUUUAGAAUAAACAAAAUACUGCCAGUGUUUGAGACUUUACAUUUAUUUUGAAAAAAAACUCAACUUGCUAAAUUAAUUGCCCAACUUUUAUUAAACGCAACUAAAUUGAAAUUGACUGUGGUCAUUUAUUUUCCACUAUGCAAAGAGGCGCUUGGCCAAAAAAGCCAAUGACAACGUCCAGCACUCUGCAUCCUGGCGAUGCUGCUGACGCAAAGAAUCCCAAAAAAUGUGGAAUCCUGCAAAGCACACGUUGUCGCUCCUACAGAGAGCAGCUGCGGAGCACGCAGCGAAUGAAUAUUAUACAUGGUUUCUUGGUCCUCGCGGCAGCAGCGACAGUGCUGGGAGUGCUAUUCUUUCACGGCAUGGAGCCGGCAUUCGGCAGUGAGAUGACUCAGUUGCCACUUGAAGGUGUCACGCUGCAGUCGCUAUGGCUUGGAGUUGUUGGUUUGCUGGGACUGAGUGGCAAGCUGGAGUCUGAGCAGGAAGAUACAAUGCGUGCCUUCUACUGCGAGCAGCAGCUAGACACGAAAAGAAUCUUUCGCCAGAUUGCCAGGCAGGUGCUCAACCAGGAGCAUGCUCUGGCUCGCUUGGAGCGACUCGUCCAGAGUCCAAGGAACUUUAAGGCUGUGGCGCUGCUUGGGCCACCGGGAGUGGGCAAGAGUUUGACGGCCAUGGGACUGAGACAACAGUUCCCCUGGCAGGAGAACGUCCACACCUAUUCGUGGAGCACGUAUGUGCCAGAUGGAGUCAAGAAAUUUCACCUGAUUCGCAACUUUAUGGAUCUUCUAAAGGAUUGUGGACAAAACCUGAUCAUCAUCGACAAUCUCUCCGCCUGCGAUUAUGGCAUCGUGCCUAUUUACAACAAGGUGUUGCAGGAACGAGAGGGCGAUCUCAAUGCGGCAGCUAACCAGACUGUGCUUGUCGUAUACAUCUUCGAUCUGGAGAUGGAAUUCUACUGGCAACAGUAUGAGCUGCUGCAUCAGCUGCCCGUUGAUGUGACUAUUGUAAACUAUCAACCCUUUGGACGCCAAGAGUUAUCGGAUUGCCUGCACCAAGAGAUGCGCCUCGAGCAGCGCACUUUAGAUAAGCGAAGAGUCUUCCAAAUUCUAGAUGAUGCUAUGAUGAAUGUCCAGUGCAAUGGCUGCAAGGGACUGCGUGAAAGUGUACUUCAAUAUGGUCAACACAAUGAUAGAUAAUAGAUAAUAGAUAAUAGAUAAUAGAUAAUAGAUAAUAGAUAAUAGAUAAUAGAUAAUAGAUAAUAGAUAAUAGAUAAUAGAUAAUAGAUAAUA